GCUAAAGCCUUCAAACAUCCCCAAGGUCGUUGGCCAAAGAAGAGUGCUGAAUUUCUAUUGCAACUUUUGAAGAAUGCUGAAAGUAAUGCUGAGUACAAGGGAUUGGAUACCGAUCACUUGGUGAUUGAACACAUUAUGGUGAAUGCUGCACCCAAAAUGAGGAGGAGGACAUACCGUGCUCAUGGUCGAAUCAAUCCUUACAUGAGUAGUCCCUGCCACAUUGAGCUUAUCCUGGCCGAACGGGAACAAGCUGUUCCACGACCAGGUGCCACUGAUGAUGAACCAGUGAAGAAGAAGGUUUCUCAAAAGAAACUUAAAAGACAGAAAAUGAUGAUGAGGGAUUAAAUAAAUUAUUGUUCACUGGU